AUGUCCUCUAACGUGCCCAUUGCUCAUGGUGAUAUUACAGCACCGACUCCACAGAACACGCCCUUGACGCACGCUCCAAUCGCUGCUGGUCUUUCGCGUCCAACAGUCCCCGACAUCUCGGAAGAUAAUGAACCAGCCGAAGAUGAAAGUGAAGAUCCUGCUCAGAUAACUGGUGCUCAGGCCGCGAUGUUGGGUCUUGUUCAAGGUCGUCUUGCAGAUCUUGUCGGAAAGAGCUCUGGGUAUAUUGAGAGUCUGCCCAUCGACGUGAAGAAGAGUGUAGAAGCCUUGAAAGGGGUUCAGGUCAAGCAAAAUGAGCUGCAGAAUCAGUACAAGCGUGAAUGCCUGGAACUUGAGAAGAAGUACCUCGAGCUUCAACUACCUCUAUAUGAGCGGAGAAACGCGAUUAUCUCGGGUGCUGCUCAAGCUACUGCUGAGGAGAUCGAAGCUGGCAGUCAAGCUUCUUUGAAGGAUGAUCCAUUAUACACGCCACUUCCCAGUGAUGAAGCCGCACCAGCAGCUAUCCCAGAGUUUUGGCUUACCGCACUCCGCAAUCAUGUUGGACUCUCGGAGAUCAUCACAGAACGAGACGCUAGUGCACUCAAGAACCUCACUGACAUUCGGUUAUCGUACCUUCCAAGUGACUCACCGAAACCCGGAUUCAAGAUCAGCUUUAUCUUCAGCCCAAACGAUUACUUCGAGAAUGACGUUCUUGAUAAGACUUACCUCUAUCAGGAAGAGGUAGGCUAUACUGGUGACUUCGUGUACGAUCACGCGAUCGGCACGGAGAUUAAGUGGAAAGAGGACAAAGACUUGACGAAGGAGUUUGAGAUCAAAAAACAACGGAACAAGAACACAAACCGCACGCGACUGGUUCGCAAAGCACGCCCAACCGACUCAUUUUUCAACUUUUUCUCGCCACCUGUGCCGCCACCUGAAAAUGAGGAUGAAGAGAAACUGGAGAUGGACUACCAGAUUGGCGAGGACCUCAAGGAGAAGAUCAUCCCACGUGCCAUUGACUAUUUCACCGGCAAAGCCCUUGAAUACGACGUUAUGGAUGAAGACGAAGACGACUUUGACGAGCUGGAUGAUGAAGAUGAGGACGGCCAGUUCGAUGACGAGGACUCUGAUUCUGAGGUUGAGUUGCCAAGACGUCGUGGCCCUCCCAAAGGCCGCGGCUGGCUCGAGUGCCGGUGCUGUCAACCCUGA